GCACCUCUCUCUCUCUCUGCCUGUCUCUCUCUCUCUCUCUCUCCCUCCCUCUCUCCCCCAGCUCCAGUAGCAGCCCGCGGGCACAGGCAGUGAUAUGUAGCCGGGGGCCUGCCAUACUAACGCGGGUGCGACAUGAACGGGGCUCAGCUCAGUGAGUUCCCGGACGACUCGGAGCAGCUCGGGCCGUAUGUGAGCGGCCUGCGGCGCAGAGCCCUGCAGGCCGGCGAGCUGUCCGCCGUCAGGACCUUCUCCGACCAGUUUCUCCUCAAGUUUCUGCGGGCCAGAGACUUGAACGUGGACCUCUCUCUGAAGCUCUUACUGAACUACCAGCGGUGGCGGAGGGAGAGUCCUGAGAUUAGCACCUGUCUGUCUCCCUCCUCGGUGCUUGGCCUCCUCAACACAACAUACCACACCGUCCUCCCCCAGCGGGACCGCACCGGCAGCAGGGUGCUCAUCUACAGGAUUGGGCAGUGGAUCCCGAAAGACUGGUCGGCCUUCCAGGUGUUCAGGGUCAGCCUGAUGACAUCAGAGAUCAUCUCCAUGGAGACGGAGACGCAGAGAAAGGGUCUGAAGGCCAUAUUUGACUUGCAGGGGUGGAGUUUGGGCCACGCCCUGCAGAUUAACCCUUCACUCGCCAGAAAGAUAUCCUCUGUGCUUUCGGACUCUUUUCCACUGAAAGUGAGAGGAAUCCACCUGGUUAACGAGCCAAUGUUCUUCCGGCCAGUCUUCGCCAUGAUUCGCCCGUUCCUGCCAGAAAAGAUCAGACAGAGGAUCCAUAUGCACGGCGCUGAUUUCCACAACACUUUGAGCGACUUCUUCUCCCCGUCCGUCCUGCCACCAGAAUACGGAGGGGAGGGGCCCGGCAUAGAGAUGGCCUGUCAGGACUGGACCAAUAAGCUGCUUCAAUCAGAGACGCUCCUGCAGCAGAUUGCCUCUCACCCAACAGGCGACAUCGCCGUUACUCCUGAGGACUCCUUGAUCUCCGAGGAAAGGGGAGAAUGAGAGACUAUUAGAGGGAUGAUGUUUGGAAUUCUGGGCCCCUCGGAUCACACCUACACGCUGCUGUUUUUGUCCUUCCUCGGCUGGGGGCCCCUGGUGCUGCCAGCCAGCCCGGCUCCUUGCCCUUGUCACUCGGUGGAAACUUCAGCGUUGUCACUUAAAUGACAAUUUGACAAUGAUUAUUUAGUAUACGUUGAAAGACGUCGACAGUAGAGGGAAGAGGAGCGGAGACAGCAACUCAUUAAGGAUACGCUGGACUUGCUUUGCUGUCUGUUUUCCUCCAAACGUGUCCCCACGCAACUCUCCAAACUCCCUUGUUUGCGUUCUGCUUCAAGCCCUAUGACGCAGCCGCACCGACACCCACCCCGCAGUCAGGCGGCCAAUCAGCUAACACUUGUGUUAUGACGCGACAAAUAGCUCUGGUCCAUCUGAUUGAUUUACUGUAUGUGCGCCUGUGAGCCGUCUUCCUGGCUACGUUGCUCAUUGAAAUCUGACCAAAGCGAGAAGUUGCAUCUUCUAAUUGAAAUACACAUAUUUGCUUCUGGAAGAGGCCGAUGUCAA